AUGAAUGCAAAAAACAACUUUCUUUUAUUAAUAUGGUUGAAAUAGAAACUUCAAAUAAUAUAAUUAGUGCAGGUUUUAAUAGUGUGAUAUUUGCUACUAAAAAUAAUAACAAUUUUCAAGGAAUAAUUUAUCAAUGUGAAAAGCAUAAUGCUUAUACUUCUCGUAAUAUUGAACAGACAGUCAAGACAAAUAAUAUAAGAAUAAUUAAUUUAACUUCAAUUAAUCUAAAUAAAGCAA